AUGGCGGCCCGACUCGCCCUCAUUCUUCAGCUGAUCGUCGGGGUUUCUUACAGUCACGCCGCCACCCUCGAGCGCCGCGGCGAGCACUUCCUCAAAUUACCUGUCAUCCAUUCAACAAAUAAAGAUGUAUUCCCGGACGCCUGGGACAAGCGGGCGAUAGUAACAGUCCCGCUGGCCAAUCGGUCCGACGUAGCCUAUUAUGCCCAGCUGGACAUCGGUACCCCGCCGCAACAGGUCUACGUCCAACUGGAUACCGGCUCGUUCGAGCUAUGGGUGAAUCCUGACUGCUCCAACCUCAAGGGCUCUGCGGACGUUAGGUUCUGCCGGGCCGUGGGCCAUUACAACCCGUCGUCGUCGUCUACCGCCAAGCAGGUUGCCGGCACCAAGACCUUGCGCUACGGCAUCGGCAGCGCUCUAAUACAGUAUGUCCAGGAUGAUAUAGCGCUCACUGGCACGGAUUCGCAACUGAAAGGGAUCCGAUUCGGGGUCGCCAUCGAUACGGUGGACGAGUUCUCUGGUAUUCUAGGCAUCGGUCACGGGAACAACGUGACUCUCACUUACAGGAACUUCAUCGACGAGCUCGAAGAGCAGGGCAUCACGAACACCAAGGCGUUCAGCCUCGCUCUCGGUGGCAAGGAUGAGCGCGAAGGCGUCGUCAUCUUCGGCGGCAUGGAUACCGGCAAGUUCACUGGUACUCUUCAGACACUGCCGAUCGUCCCGGCGGCGCAGUCGCCCGACGGCGUCCCGAGGUACUGGGUCAACAUGACCUCGCUCGCCCUGACCCCUCCGAACGGCGAGUCGAAGAGGUACAUAGACACCACGAUGGCCGUCUUCCUCGACAGCGGUGCCACCCUCACGCUGCUGCCCACGGACCUGGCCAAUGAGAUCGCGAUGGACUUCGGCGCUGAAGCUACGGAAGCCAACGGGUUCUACCAAGUUAGCUGCGCCCUGAACGACAUACCAGGGACCCUCGACUUCGCCUUCGAUGGCGUGACGAUACAUGUACCGUACAGAGAGCUAGUUCGAGAGUUCCAAACGAGUCUCGGUACGCAGUGCUUCUUGGGGAUCAGUCCUAGCGACGACUUCAUACUACUCGGCGACACUAUGCUGCGCUCCGCAUACGCCGUCUUCGACCAGACCAACGACGCCGUGCAUAUGGCACAGUACGUCAACUGCGGCACGAAUGAGGUCGAGAUCACCGAUACGACGGACUUCUCGACUAUCCGGGGUGACUGCGACCCCGAGUCCACCAAGAACUCGGCCUCUGCGGUAGGUGGCGUCGUGCCCACCAUCACCGCGCCGCCGAUCGGGUCCGGCGCGAGCGUGAGCUCAGCGUUGCCAUCGACGCGCGCAUCGACUAGCAUCUACGGGCCCGCGGGGUCGUGGGUGUGGCUGCUCGCGACCGCGCUCUGGGCGGUAUAUCUCGCGGCGUGA